AUGGACCUGACAGACAUGGAGGACAUGAGCAGCGGCUGUGAAGGAAAAAACUGCAGCCUGGCAGCAAGCUUCCAGGAGGACUGCUCAAACCAAGACUGCUACUGGGAGGAACCUAUGUUUGGACUGAUUGAGUUAGUUUGUGUGACGCUGAUUUAUAUCCCGCUGAUGUUGUUCGGCCUUCUUGGAAACAUACUGACCAUCCUGGUGGUGUGGUUCCGUCCACACAUGAGAAGCUCUACGUACCUGUACCUGAGCAGCAUGGCCGUCAGCGAUCUGCUGAUUCUCCUUCUACUGCCUCUGGAUCUGUAUAAGCUCUGGAGACCCAGACCUUGGCCCCUGGGAGAUCUUGCCUGUAAGCUGACUAUGUUCCUCUCAGAGUGCUGCACCUUCUGCACCAUCCUCCACAUCACCUUCCUCUCCCUGGAGAGGUACCUGGCAGUGUGCUGGCCGAUCACAGCUAAGACAGUCGUGACGCGCCGCAGAACCAGGGUCAUCAUCGGCUGCCUGUGGCUGGGUGCAGCCGUCAGUGCUUCCCCCGUGUUAGUGAUGGUCGGAGUGGAGGACGUCGGGAGAGAGGAGCUUGGUCUCAGCCAGUGGAGGGAGGAAGGUGGGUGGAUGGGUGCAGAGAGAGAACAGGGAGGAAUGAUGACGAGUGGAGGGGAAAGAGGAGGUGCCCACAUGGCUUUGCUGGAUCCUCGAUUGGAGGACAUAAAGUUUGGAGAGAAAGAAAAUGAAGGAUGGGAUGAAGAUGUCACAGACUUUGAAUGGUUUGAAGACAAAAACAGCAGCAUAAGAGAAGUAAAUGAAUGGAACCCAGGAGACACAACCGAAAUGAAUGAUGAAAGAGAAGAAGCCGAAGAGGCCUAUGAGGAGGAAAGGAAGAUUGGAUUCGAGAAAGACCAGCAAAACAAAAAGAAAGAAGACGAGGGCGGAGGAAGAGAGAGGAGAGCUGAUGGAAAGCCUGGUAGAGAGAUAGACAGGAGAGAGUGCCGCUGUACGCACUACGCCAUCUCCUCGGGCCUCUUGUCAGCCAUGAUGAUUCUCUCCAAUUUGUACUUCCUGGUUCCUCUUUGCAUCCUCGGACUGGUGUACACCCUCAUAGGACGGACGCUGUGGCUCCGCCCAAAGAGCAGCAGAAGAGAUCAGAGUCACAGAAGCACUGUGAAAAUGUUAGGAGUGAUCGUAUUGGCAUUUGUGCUCUGCUGGCUUCCCUUCCACGUUGGUCGGACCAUAUUAUCUCUUUCUCUUGGCUCUGGCACUGUGAGACAAGACACCCACGUGGACACAACCCCCCACUUUGCCACGAACGUCAGCUCCAACAGCAGUGACGCGAACAAGGAUCAGGAAUCCUUCGCUCACCCAGACUCUGAUGCACAUUUCUUUGAGUCCCUCUCUCGGACUGAAAAGGUGGACACUCUUCCAGAGGCGCAGGAAAUAUUCUGCAGCAUGUGCGCAAAAGGCUCAUUCCUAGAAAACCUGAAGGCAAAACGUCAGUUUUACAACAGUACUGCACACAAAAUGCCAAACAGGACAGCGUUUACUGGAAGCCCCCCGAAUGUCAAGCCAAGUCCAAAAUCUCUCCCUACCGCCUCAGACCCACACACGGUGACACCCUCUGACCUGCACAUUUAUCCUCUACACAACGACACCCUCUUAAACAGUACACACCCGCACCCUGACACUCACAUGUACUUUCUGUACUAUCUCUCUCAGUAUUUUAAUCUUGUGUCGUCUGUCCUUUUCUACCUCAGCGCCACUGUCAAUCCGUUACUUUACAACCUGAUGUCUGCCAGGUACAGGCUGGCUCUUCACAGCCUCAUAUUCAAACGCACUCACACUCACACGCCCCGCCUACGCACGCUCACAGCCCGGCACUCCACCACCACCUUGUAAUGUAACAGCUCCCUUCUCUCCAGGUCGCCCCGCAGGUUUCGCGUGUUUGUCCGUGGAUUAUAAAGUGAUGUGGGAGAAGGUUAUUUUUAUGUCGGGUGAACCAUUUUUGUGUUGAUUUGACUAAAUG